AAGGGCUAGAUAUUAUCUCUUGAGGAAGAACAAGUCGUAUGAAGAUUUAAAUAUCCUGCUAAGAAUACCAGUUUAGACCAGCAUCAAGGAAAAGACGAGUACUAAAAAAAAUAAUAACAAUAAUACGCCACUGAACAACAAUUGAGAUGUAGAUCAAGGUAAAUAACAAGGUAAAUAAAAAUAAAUUUGUUAAUCGUAGUGGAUAAUUCUAAUAUAAAGCAUCUAGACAAACGAAACGAAUACAAAUAAUAUAAAGAAAAGAAAGAAGAAAGAAGAGAGAAAAUAGAUCCAGGGGAUAUAGACUAAACAAAAACCCCAUAAAAGAAGAAAGAAGAAGAAAGCAUCUAGGCCUAUUGAUGAUUUCUAGGAAGAAAGGAUACAUUGCAAAAGUAUAGAAGCCUAUCACAGCACAACAAUGACCCACGAUGCAGGUGACUUCUACUCCAUCUUACCCACGGCAAUCAGGCCGCGCAGAAUACAGCCGGGGAAGAAAACAAUUUUGGUCUCGGUUCUGCUCUCUUUCAUGCUGUUGAUGUCACAGCUGCUGCGAGCUCUGCAGCUGGAUCAGCCUCCCAGACUUUCAAAUGUUCAUAUUAUGAAUUCACUAACGAGCAUGAAUGAAGAGGUUGAAGUUCCAACAUGCAUCAACACAGAGCUGGGAUCAGAGGACCAUCAUCAUGGCUCAAACCCUCUGGCGUGCCACCAUCUGCCUGCUCCGAGGGGCCUCUGCUCUCUUACUCAAGCUUUAUUCUUCAGUAAUAAACCUCAGAGCUGCAAAGAACAAUCCAGUAUAACGUUUUGUAAAUUGGUUGAAGAUCAAAUAUUAUGUCAGUCACCUCUGCAGUGUAAAGGUCUGAGACAUUACAUUGGCACAUUUAGUGAGGAGGAAGCAGACACAACAUGGAAGUUAGUCAGCAUCAGCAAAUUGCAAAAUGCUGUUAUAUCUGAGAUACAAAAAGAAAAUUAUUUUGGCUAUAUGUUCAUCAAGUGCUCCAACAGCUCAGGUGCCCUUGAAGACUUUGGACAGCCACAGUAUGAUGAGGCUUAUACAGAUCAGAACCUUGAUUCCUACACGCAGCUUUUUGUUCAUCCAAAGAAGAUCCAUGAGAGUCAGGAAAUGCCCAAGAAAGAUAAAAGAGAUAUCAAUAUUAAUCUAGUCAUGAUAGACUCUCUGUCACGCACCCAUUUCUACCGUUCGUUACCAAAGACAGUGCGGUUUCUGGAUAACCUCUAUGAUGAGCUACAUUCGAAGGUUUUAGAUUUCCACUAUUUCCAGGCUGUGAAGCAAAGAACUUAUGAGAGCUUGCAGGCCUUGUUCUCUGGUUAUGUUAAUAUGACAGAGGUUCCUUUUGGAACAUAUGAUGUGCCAAAGAAGCCUUUGCCCGUCUCAGGAUUAUUUGGAAAGUACAAGAUGAAAGGUUUCAAGACACUUUGGCUUGAGGAUUUAUGCUGGAACUGGGAAUGGGGUUUAGUGAAGGACUUAAAAGUAAUGAAUGACAGUCUCUCUGGUGUGUCACUGUGGAAGGAGUUCAAAAGAGCAUUAUCAGUUGCCAAUAUUGACAGUGUAGACAUGACCCUUGCAAGUUGUGAAAUCCUGCAAGCCAAUGGAAAGAAGGAUCCAUUUCAUGGAUUGCCAGCAGUAUGCUACAAUAGCAGACAUCAUCAUGAAUAUAUUUUGGAGUAUUUAGAACUGUACCAAAGAGCUGCUCUGAAAGCUGGACAAUCUUUUCUAACCUUCACUUCGUCUAGUGUGUCACAUGAUGCUUCUGGGAUACGUGUCCAGACCAUUGAUGAACCUCUUGUCAACUAUUUGAAAUUUGCCUCUAAAAUGAAAAACACAAUAACAAUUUUAUUUGCUGAUCAUGGAAAUACUUAUGGAAACUUCAUCAAGUCCAGCCCAGAGGCACACGUGGAGACCUUUAAUCCGGCAUUGUUCAUGAUAAUUCCUCAAGAUGUACAAGAUCAUUUGGGAGAUGUCCAAAUGAGAAUUCUAAGAGAUAAUCAGAGACGGCUGAUUAGUGCUAUUGAUAUCCAUUACAUGCUCCUGGGACUAAUUAAUGAGAAAAGUACAGUUCCAGACAAAAAAUUUGUUGACAAAUAUGUUACUCCUAUGGGUUUGCUCAGCAGCAUUUCCAUUACAAAGAACUGCUUAGAUGUUCCCCUUUUGCAACCCAAUCUGUGCAUUUGUAGGAAUUUUGAAGUAUCAGUAGAGCCCUCACACCUGCACUUGGCUCUUGCUGACUUUGGGCUUGGGGUGUUAAACAAUCUUAUACUCUCCCAACACAAAGAAGGAGGAGGUACUGGGUUUGGGAACUGCAGGCCUCUCAAACCUGUUCGACUGAGGAAAGUAUUAGAAUCUAGGGUCAGAGCUGAUUUAGUUCGAUAUAAGCUUGAUGUUAUAGUUCAGGGGCUAGGAGAUGGAAAGGAGACUGAUCAGGAGAUCUUUUUCUUAACAAUUGAGGCUGGACCUGGCGAACCAGCACUGCGCCUUGUGGCGUAUGAAAGAAUGACUCUCUAUGGCAUAUUCAGCAAGUGCCAGGACAAAAAUGUUGAGUUGAAAAUGUGCAUUUGCAAUCAUUCUAAUUCUCGUGGAAGUGAAGUCAGCCUCCUGAGUUCCUUGCUUUUUGGUAAUUUCAUCCCAGAAUUUUCCUUUCUGAAGAAGGACAUGAAGGACUCUGCAGACAUUCAGAUUAUUGAAUUUCUAACUAGUCCUAUAUUUGGCAUAACCCCCAGAAUAGGCAUAGUGUUCCCAAGCGACAAUCCAUGUUUGUUCACUGUGAUACACAACUAUAAUUCUGGAUUUGUACUUAUUUCUGUAAAUCUCUGCUCUUCUUUGCACAAAAUUGAAGUUGAAGUGACUGCUGAAAACUUGUACCUCUCAGGAGACCGUCACUUGAGUGUCUUGCUCCAUCCAAAUGAUAUUAAGUUUAUAAUAGCAGGCACAGUGGCCAAUGCUAAAAAUGAAUGGCAGUGGACUCACAGUGUUAGAGUGUUCUGAGAAUUGAGUAUUUUCUAUUUAUUGUGAGAGAUAUAGAGAUAGAGAUAGAUAGAUAGAUAGAUAGAUAGAUAGAUAGAUAGAUAGAUAGAUAGAUAGAUAGAUAGAUAGAUAGAUAGAUAGAUAGAUUAGUAGAUAGAUGAAGUUGGGGAGGUAAAGGAAAGGAGGGAAGAAGAUGAGUGAAGGAAGAUGGCGGGGUGAGGGAGGGAAGAGGGUGAGGGAGAGGGAGAGAGAGGUAAGGAGGGAAGAAAGUAAGGAGGUAAGGAAUGGAGGGAAAGAAGAAGAUGAGGGAUGGAGGGAAGGAGGGAUGUGGUGAAGGAAGGGAAGGAGGAAGAGAGUAAGGAGUAUAGAGUGGUUUGAAUUACAUGUAUAUGCUGUCAACAUUAUAAUUGUUAUUGCAAUAACUAUAUGUUUUAGCUGUUGCUGUUGCCAUUUUAUCCAUCAUUAUUUUUUAGGGUAUCUGUGACCUACCUCAUAUUUGAAACCUAAAAUAUAAAAGGGUAAUUUUGUAUUGAUUCUGUAAUUUGUAUUCCUAGUCAGAAUAUUUUUAAAGGUCAAAAGUUUUUUAUAUAUUUUAAGUUAUUGGUGAUGAUGAACAUUUGUAAAGUCAUGUUCUAAAUUUUGUAAUUGAUUUUACAUGUGAUAUGUAAUGUAAUUGGUAGCAGUUGUUUCAAAGUAAAGAUCAUUUACAGUAAUGAUUGAAAUAUUCUGUAAGAAAAAAAGAAUUAAACAGAACUUUCUCCCUGUGACUCUUCCUACCAAUUGACAAUGCAAUGUUUGGACACUUUAUAGAUUAUAUAAGGCUCCAUGUAACAUGAUUCCCACAGAAGACACCAUACCCAGUGGGCACUGUGGGAGCUUCGAACCUCAGUUUAGAUGGGAAGGGUGGGUGUACUGAAUUGGAUCUGUGAGAAAUGAGAGCUGUUUAGACUGGAUUCAGUCUGUAUAUAUAGAUGCACACACACACACACACACACACACACACACACACACACACACACACACACACACACACACACACACACACACACACACACACACACACACACACACACACACAUACA